GCGCUAUUCUCCCAGAUACAGGCGAUUUACUGCAGACACUGGGGACACCUUGGCAGGGAAAGGAAAAAUGUGACUCGAAAAGACACCCAUCCUAGCUGCUAUAGGAAAGCAGGAAACCUGUAUCUAGAUUUUUAUCCACAAAAGGAGGCUGAAAAUCUGAGUUGCAGUGCAAAAGAGAUAUUUUUUCCCUACAAAUAUCAGCACUCACUGCAUGUGGACUGGGGAAUAUUUUACAGUUCCUGUGACUCCUGGCACUAUCACCCACUUUUUAUUGCAACUGAAUCGUAACCGAUGUAGUGAACCACAACAACAAUCAGAACAGGGGAGUCUGACUACUUGUUUUCAGUUUGUAUAAUCCUGAAACAUUUUGUGGGUGAGUGACCCAGCUCAAGAAAGAUUUCUGUCGAUGCAGCCUCGAUAUUACUUGCUCUGGAGUCCACCAAAUGAAAGUGAGCACAGCGCACGUUGUCUCCUGCUGCUCGUUUCAACAUAGCGAUUCAGCAUUGUCUUCCUCGAGUCUGUGCUUUUCUGUUUGACGAGGCAAACCCAUGGAGGCCUCGGCUACAGACUCUGCUAAUGCAUCUUCCUCACAAAUGCUUUCUCCUGCCCCGAUUCCCUCCCCCCACAGAAACUUUACAGCCUCAGCUCGGGUUAGAGCCCAAAUCCAAGUACAUGAGAUUUAUUCUUUUUUUUUUUCCCCAGCUCUCUUGCCUUGCUUCCCUUGCACGUGUAUAGCCCCCUCCCAAGCCUCGUAGGGUUCUUGGGUGCUCACAAAACACGAACAAAUACGUCUGGGUUGUACUAAAAAUGCUGUGCACUUAUUUUCCUGAGAUAUAAAUGUACCUUCUAUAAUCUCCAUCCAGAAUUAAAAGAAAUGGCAGGUAACCUGCACAAAACUAUCUCAGAUAAAUACUUUUCUGCAAGCCCCAAACCAUCCGAGUCUAUUUGUCCCCACCUAAAACAGACCAUGAUAAGCUGCUAUAUAGUUUCCAAAUGCUGCAGCAAUGAUGUGUGUUAUGCAUGCCUUUUUUUACCAACUCUAAAUGCAUAUUAUUAUUUUUUACAGUAGCUUCAGGUUUUCAAUUCAUGGCUUCUAUAAAUUGUAAUUUAUGCUUAAUUUAGUGCAACUGUCAUCCUUGUUUAUGCUAAGAAGAGAAAGAAUCGUAAUAAGAUUUUCAAGAUUGAGAAUUAACAUGUUAAAUAAAGGAAACUUGUUCAGAGCAGUUUUUCAUAAUAAAACCGUUUAGUUGUGACAGCAAAGUCUCGAAAAAAAGCACUGUCCGCAGCACGGGGAAAACUGUGCAUUAAUUAGUCUCAUUUUAUGAAAGACCGGGGGGAAAAGAAGUUCUUGGGAAUUCCUGGAGCAUCUGUGUGAGUUAGCUAAACCCCCAGUCAGACCCCAAUAUAUCCGUGUGCUCAGUGCUAGUGGUUUCAUGUGCUCAAACAAGGGUAAAUAUAUCAAUUUUACAUGUAUAUAAAAAAACCCAUCAGAACCACUGAUCGCUUCUCGGAGGGGCGAUUUAAACAACAGCCCCCGUCCUGGGUUGCUUAGAUGCGAGUUAAGCUCUGAGAUAAGACGUUUGUUUUACGAGAAAGAGUGGGCUUUCAGAAUUGUUGCUUCUGAGUUCUCCAUUUUGAGCAGCAGGCGAUGAAGCAUAGGUCCUGCAGGAAAUCUCGAAGGAUUAUUUCUCUUUUAAAUAGGUCUAUGGCAGAGCAUACACACAUUUACAUUUAUUUUAUUUAAUUGAAUUUGUUAUUUUUGGCAAAAUACAGUGUAAGUAUUAAUUGGAGAAUUUAGGGAAAGGCACUCCACAUUUUCUACUGCAGUGUAAAAUAUCAGAUCCUUUAAAAAACCCCAUCCAUGUUACAGUUAACGAGUUUAAACAAGUAAAUAAAGGUUUCUCAUCACGGAUGGUAAGUGGAACUGGAUGCCGCUUCCCUGUCAUAAAUACAGAGGCUGAGACAGCUAAUUUGAACAAGAGAAAGGCAUGCUUAAUCUCACCUGCUGCUUUUGGCCACUCGUGUCCUGCGGGAUAAAGGCUAUUUCUGUGUAAAUGAUGAGAUCAUCUAGAGUCAUGCCGGGGUUAGCAGAAAUUGGGAAAGGAGGGUUGCCAGGGUCUAGGGGGCUGCCCUGCCUAUUGCCACCCGGUGCGGAGCAGGACCACGCCGGGACAGAGACAGGAGCGAGUGGAAGGAGGAGUUUGGAUACAACCGGUACUCUUAAACUCGAGGUUUUUUGUUGUUGGUUUUUUCCUCCCCCGCCUCCCCAUAGGUAAUGAAACUUGGGAACCCAGAAAUUGCCCGGAGGCUGCUGCUGAAAGGCGCUGACCCGAACUUGAGAGACAGUACCGGAUUCGCGGUCAUCCACGAUGCAGCCCGCGCCGGCUUCCUGGACACUCUCCAGACUUUGCUGGAGUUCAAAGCCGACGUGAACAUCGAGGACAACGAGGGGAACCUGCCCCUGCACCUGGCGGCGCAGGAGGGCCACGCGCGCGUGGUGGAGUUCCUGGUGCGGAGCACCGCCACCCGCGUGCAGCACCGCAACAAGCGCGGCCACACGGCCUGCGACCUGGCCCGCCUCUACAAGCGGGCCGCCGUGGUGCAGCUGCUGGAGCCCGGCGCCUCGGGCGCAGAAGCCGCCGACGUGAAUUAAAGGGACGCGGGGAUCCUGCUCGGGCUCGGGCGGCCCCUCGGGUUGGACUCGCAUUUCUUACAACAAGAUUUCUCUCUCCCUUUUGCAAACCCGCCGGGGUCAAUCUCCUGGCCCGCCGGGUGGAUUUCUGUAGCCCAGGAUUUUCUUUUCAAAUCACACCUGCCCCGGGCACCCCCACGGCGGGGCACGCCCCGCGUGUACGCGCUCGCCCCUCUCGGUAUCGUUUCAUACCGUCUGCACGUGUGUUAGGUCAUCCCUAAGGGACCGAUAAGCUAGGAUGCUGCUUGCUGGAUUUGACGUUUGUCAGAGGGACGUUGCUUAGUGGGAGACUCGUCCCCGAGGUCUGAAGUCUGGUUUCAGAUGGAACAGGGCGCUCGGGACCCGGCCUGCCGGCCUGCGGCGACCAUGCGGCCCUGCAAGUGUUGGGAAAUAGCUGCCUUUUGACACUAACACGAGCUCUGCUGAGGUAAUUUGCUCUCUAAAUUUAGAUACUUACUUUCCCUCUUCUCCCCCGCGGAUUUCAGCUUUCUCCAGCCUGCUUCGGAGAUGAACACAAACAGCAUCGUGGACUUUUGGGUUGCCAGAGACUCGCUGUGCCCAUUUCCCAGGUUCAAACCCAGAGCCAGAGGAAGCCCUCCCCAGGGCUGGAGCACAGACUGGAACAUGCCCAGUCCACAGACUCAACGAAGUGUAGCCACUGUUUAAGAGAUACUUGCUUUUCACCAGCUUUUUAUUUUCUUUUUAAUAAACCAUUUUAUUGUAGCGGACUCUCACAAAACAUGAAUAUUGGAAUACGACCGAGUUUAGAAGGUAUCACUUUUUUUUUUUCUUUUAAUAAAAUUCUGAUAUUAUCGCUUGCACCUAAAACGCAAUGUAUAUUCUGUGACAACAGCGUGGGUAGUAUGUAUAAGACCAAAAUGCACUUAUUUCUAUAGAUGCAAGUGGGGGCCUCGGGCCUCGGAGGGACUUGAGUCUAUCGAGCCUCAUCCAACAUUAGAGACGCUGUUUGUGUCGGACCCGCAGUGGGAAGUGUUCUAUUUGUAGUUUUCGAAACAUUUUAACUGCAUUCAGAUGCAAUCAACUCCACGUGUGAUUGCUAGAUAACCUUCCACUACAAUUUGAGCGGGGAUUAUACGGGGCUGAAAUUGUUUUUAACUCUCCCCAAAAGGUCUUGGCCUCCCCCAAAUCAAUAACCAUUGUUUUAAAAUGAAAAGAAGUUUGGUGAAACUGUUGAUCGCAUGUCUACUAUACACCGGCGGCCACGCUGUUGCUCUGCCAAUAAAACAUCUCUGUGUAAUGCAAA